AUGGUAUAUGCGCUUCCGCGCAAGUCGCGUGUGGGGCACAGUCGGAAUGAUGGAGAUUCAUCUCUUGCGAAGCCCGAAGCUGCAAGCGGGGACAUGCGUGUUCAUGAGCUUCAGAGUAUAUUAGAAGCGUCGUCCAUGAAUCGACCGCACUCGAAUCAUGGCGCCAUGUCGUCCACGCCGCUUCAACCGCGUCCUGCUGCCUUCUCCCAGGAUGUGAAGUCCACACUUGCGCCCAUCACACCAAGACGUUCGCUUAGACCGUAUUCUGAUUAUCCAGCUCCAAACUGGUCGUCAAGUCGAAGAAGCAAAUCUGCCACACCGUCGCAAUCUGCACGAGCCAUGCCGGCGAUGUCAAUUCUCGAAGAUGACGUUCCCACAAACUCUUUUGCUCGCGAUUUCGUCGAAGUAACUGCUUCUUCACGGGAUCCUUUUGCACCGCGCCGGCGCUUGCCUCGUAUUGAUCAACAGUCAGACGCAAAGCACGCUCCUGCACCUACCUUCAAUCCGGAGCCCGCUCCUUCAUCCUCUGAUGUGUUGCAUUUGGCUCAGCGCCCCGCGUCUCCCGCAAGUUCGACGGACGAUCCAUUACUUCUUCAUGACCCAACUAUGUCGAACAUGUCCAUGAGAGCUGCUCAAGGCGACGCUAGCUUGCUUGCUAUGGUUCGAAGAUUUGAACAGGAAGACAUGGGCGUUACAACGACACCGAAACGUUCCUUAUCAGCAAGGCGUGAAUUGUCGACGGCCCAGAAGCAACAUCAGCUUCACACACACCUGCCAAAACACCGAAAGCUACUCCUAGUUUGUAUGACCGUUCGAUCGGGAUAA